GUUUGAACAUCGAUACUCAACCCGAUUUCAGAUGCAGGAGCCACUGCAGUUACACUCUUCAUCACUUCUUGCACCAUCGCCGAAGUAUGUUUUCCAAAUUCGCCAGGUCUCCCCUCCCUCAGGCUCCAGUAGACGAUCCUGAUCCAACCAUCGACAGCCAGACGAUAUGCUCCCGCCAAGUCAAGCUUCCCCCAGGUAGAAAGUUCACCCUCAUCGGGGGCGUGGUCGGUUCCCUUUUCGUCCUCAUCUUGAAUCUCUCUGUCACUCUGGCGUCGCUCAACCAACCGAAAGGAACUGGAGAGGCUGCCAAUGGUCUCAGGGUUCUCUACCAGGGAUCAUGUUCAAAGGCCAGCAAAGUCAACGUGGUGCUCCACCUCUUUAUCAACAUAUUCAGCUCUGUCUUGUUGGCAGCCAGCAACUACAGCAUGCAGUGUUUAUCGGCGCCAACCCGAGCCGAUGUCGACAGGGCCCACGCUAAAAAGAAGUGGAUGGACAUCGGAAUCCCUAGCGUCCAUAACUUGAGUAAAAUACCAAAGACUAGAGCCAUGCUAUGGUUUCUGUUAUUGGUCUCAUCUGUGCCGCUACAUCUCCUAUACAACUCUGUCGUCUUUUCGUCCCUAACCUCAGUGGAUUACAAUAUUUGGAGUGUCCAGGAUGCGUCUUCUGCGCAACUGUGGGAUUCCGCAAAAUCCAACGACGGGGUUAACCUCACUGCACUUCAGUGCAUCGAAGCUUAUGCGACGGCAUUUCAAACAUCUCGGGGCGCUCUCCUGUUGGUGACUGAGACGGGACCCGAGGGCAAAUUGGGGAUACCGGAUUACACUUACAGCAGUGACUUCGACGGCGACCAAGUGGCAGGAUGUCCUAUCGAGGUAUACGAGUGGAUAUGCAUCCACCCGAAAGGCGAAAGCAGCUGUCACGCGCCCUGCCGAAGUCUUUUGUCUGGAGUCAAGGCACAUGCGGACAACUGGAAACCAUUCGGCCAUCGAGUCAAGUACUGCAUCAGCAAGCCAGUUCCUCAGGUUUGCCGACUCAAUUUCAGCACUACCCUCGUAACCUUUGUCCUCAUCGCGAACGGAUUCAAGGCGGCCGUAAUUGCAUAUACUGCAUUUUUCCCACCGCAGGAACCACUCUUUGUCCUGGGUGAUGCCAUUGAGUCGUUUCUUACUUCUCCAGACGCCGCUUCGAGAAACAGCUGUCUAGUAUCAGUAGAUGAUGUCAGACGCAAGAAGAAGAAAGAAAAGGCUGGAUCUCGCAAGUGGUCUCUGACGAAGGGACGGUGGGCAAGAGUGGCGAACAUACGUCGCUGGGGGAUCAGUUUACCUACGUACCUGUUCACACUGAGCAUUGCACUCUUCUUCCUCGCAUGGGGUAUCAAGGUCGUUGCUGGCCCUCAUGACGCAGCUAGCCUCUGGGCUUUGGGCUUUGGAAAGCCAUCCGAGACAGCGCUGAUAACAGGCCUUGCAAACUUAUUCAGAGAGUCCCAUACGAAGAUCAUCCAGAGCGCCCUCAUCGCAAACCUUCCGCAGCUGUGCUUUUCGGUUUUGUACUUCCAAUACAAUGGACUAUUCACCGGCAUGCUCGCCGCCAGGGAAUGGGGUGACUUUGGCAGUAGGAGACGGGCGAUACGAGUUUCAUCGGAUCCCAGGGGUGAACAGCGCUCGAACUACUUUCUGCAACUCCCGUAUCGCUGGAGCAUUCCGCUACUCCUUAUGUCAAUCUUGGUCCAUUGGCUGUUGUCGCAGAGCGUUUUCAUUGUCGCCGUUGAGAGACCACAGGAUCCCGACGAGCCGCUUUACACUACGUGUGGCUAUUCACCUACGGCCAUCAUUACGUCUAUCUGCGCUUCAGUCACAAUGGCCGUUGCCGUGGCGGUGACGGGGCUUUUGCGCCUUCCAGCUGGGAUUCCAGUCGUCAGUAGUUGCAGCCUAGCAAUUGCAGCGGCUUGCCAUCAUCCUGACGGCAUUCCUCAGUCGGAGGCGCCCCUGGUUCCUUUGAAAUGGGGCGUGAUGCAAACACAUGACGAAGAACCAAGUGCUGGUGUUUUUGCUCAUUGCGGAUUUUCAAGCGAAUACGUUGAGGAACCGAAGGUCGGCGUUGAAUACGCAUGA